UUUAGGUGGUAGACAGCCAGUAUGAGUUAGCAGGGGCCACGGUGUCCCUCUGACCAAGGCUGCAUCCCAGGCCCAACGGAGAGGAAGGGGAGUGCAUUCCUCAGGCCCAAGGCAUUCGGGUGGUCAGCAUUUGCAUCUUUCAUCCUUUGGCCCUUCAAGUGUAGAUGGCGUCCGUGACCACGCCGAGGAAGCAGCGUGAAGCCGCAGUUCUGCCAUCACUCAAGAUGGCUGCCCCCAUCAAGAUGACCGGGGUGUGCCGGGGGGAAAGGGGCAGCAUGAUGGUCUGAGACGAGCUAGUGUCGGACCAUGUGGAAGAUUCGGGGCCUGGGGAGCUGGAUGAUGGGGGGUGGGGCCCGUGCGGGGUAGAGGAGGAAGAGCAUCCUUUCCCGGGCUCAGCCCGGCCCCUCCCUGUCCUCUGGACUGAAAUGGGGAACACCUUGGGCCUGGCCCCGCUGGGGGCUUUGCCCCGCCGCAGCCCCCGUCGAGAGGAACCUCUGCCCAAUCCCGGGAGCUUCGAUGAGCUGCACCGCCUGUGCAAAGAUGUAUUCCCAGGACAGAUGGAGGGAGUGAAGCUUGUGGUCAACAAGGUUCUGAGCAGCCAUUUCCAGGUGGCUCACACCGUGCACCUGAGUGCGCUGGGCCUGCCUGGCUACCACCUCCACGCGGCCUACGCAGGGGACUGGCAACUUAGCCCCACUGAGGUCUUCCCCACUGUGGUAGGGGACUUGGACAGCAGCGGCAGCCUCAACGCCCAGGUCCUGCUCCUCCUGGCAGAACGGCUCCGAGCCAAGGCUGUCUUCCAGACGCAGCAGUCCAAGUUCCUGACGUGGCAGUUUGACGGCGAGUACCGGGGUGACGACUACACGGCCACGCUGACCCUGGGGAAUCCUGACUUGAUCGGGGAGUCGGUGAUCGUGGUGGCGCACUUCCUGCAGAGCCUCACUCAUCGGCUGGUGCUGGGAGGGGAGCUCGUUUAUCACCGGCGGCCAGGCGAAGAGGGGGCCAUCCUGACGCUGGCUGGGAAGUACUCGGCUGUGCACUGGGUGGCUACGUUGAAUGUGGGGUCCGGUGGCGCCCAUGCCAGUUACUACCACAGGGCAAAUGAACAGGUUCAGGUCGGGGUGGAGUUUGAGGCCAACACCAGGCUACAAGACACGACCUUCUCCUUUGGUUACCUCCUGAAUCUGCCCCAGGCCAACAUGGUGUUCAGAGGCCUGGUGGACAGUAACUGGUGUGUGGGUGCGGUGCUGGAGAAGAAGAUGCCCCCGCUGCCCGUCACCCUGGCCCUCGGGGCCUUCCUCAACCACUGGCGCAACAGGUUCCACUGCGGCUUCAGCGUCACUGUGGGCUGAGGCGGGGCUGCCGCUGCUGCUGCUGAGUCAGGUCCCCCAGGGCCGGAGACCGGGCCCCUCUCCAGAGCCCACCUUGCUGGGCGACCCGUAGGUCCCAGGGGCAGAGGUGGGGACAGGACCAUGCCCUCCUCAGCACUGGCGCUGCCACGAGGGAGCUGAGGAGGCAGUGGUCUGAGGACCCCCGUGCCCCCAGCGUGUGCCCUCUGUCCACACUGUGGCUCUGGACUGAGGAAGAAGGGCUAAGGGGUCCGUCCGGCUCAGUUGUCUCGCUCACACUCCCCUUCUUCAUGUCCCUGUGGAUUGAAGCCCCUCCCCUCUUCCCCUUCAGAGCAAGCCACUCCGCAUGGGACUAGCGCCCACCCUGUUCCCCGUCUCAGAGCCGUCCAAGGCCAGGAUCCAAAUUGACCUCAGAAAGUGG